CCUUCAAAGACGGUUGUUGACGUUUUGCGCGUGGAUACAAUUCUUGUUUUGGACGAAUACGUGGAUAUAUUUAGCAAACAACACUCUUAAAAAUAGAAAGUAAACACGUUCAAAGAAGGAAAUGGUGAAGAUGUCCUAAAGAAACAAUCAAUUUGUUGACAACCAAAUAUUGCACUUACUUGCCAAAGUUUACUACAGUACAUAUACUUAGCUAGCUUCGGAUCGACGAUGUGACUAAAAAUCUUUCUGCAUUGUAAAUGGAUGGUCGGGAAACAAGGACUACCAAUAGCUAAUCAAUAAAAAAAAAUAUAUGUAUACAUUUUAGACACUCAAGAUCGUCGUAUUCCAGCAUUUAAUAUAGCCAACUCGACUGCGUUUCAGAACUUUCAGUCCGAGUGUGAGAAGCGCAGACCGACAGUAGCCAUGUUUCCUCUAGAUUCGACAUGGAACCUCUCCUUUGCAGGUUGCGGUUUCUUGGGGAUCUACCACAUUGGUGUUGCCAGUUGUCUACUGGAACAGUGUCCCGUUUUAGUGCACAAUGCUCGGCACAUUUACGGUGCUUCGGCUGGAGCUCUCACCGCCUCGGCACUGGUCUGCGGGGCAUGUUUAGGCGAGGCAGGUGCCAGCAUGAUUACUGUGGCGAAGGAGGCCCGUAAGCGUUUCCUGGGGCCCAUGCACCCCUCCUUCAACUUGGUGAAGAUAUUGCGUGCCAUGCUGUUUAAAAACCUGCCGCCUGAUUCCCACCGGCGUGCCAGCGGUAGGUUGGGCAUAUCCCUGACCAGGGUGGCAGAUGGAGAGAAUGUCCUGGUGUCCCACUUCAGUAGCAAGGAGGAGCUGGUGCAGGCGUGUGUCUGCAGUACCUACAUCCCUGUGUACUGUGGCCUUAUUCCUCCAACGCUACAAGGAGUGCGGUAUGUGGAUGGAGGGAUAAGUGACAACCUGCCCCAGUAUGAGCUGAAGAACACCAUCACAGUCUCCCCGUUCUCUGGAGAGAGUGACAUCUGCCCUAGAGACAGGUCCACCAACAUGCACGAACUCCGCUUUACCAACACCUCCAUCCAGUUCACACUCACCAACCUGUACAGAGUGUCACGCGCUCUGUUCCCUCCUGAUCCACAGGUAAUGAAGAACAUGUGUAAACAGGGAUAUAAAGAUGCCCUGCACUUCUUAAAGAACAAUGGACUGCUUAACUACCAAGGACCGCACCGACCUCUGGUAGUGGAUGGUGAGGACGAGGAAGAUGAUGUCAUGAAUGAUGGUGAAGAGCAUGAGGGGCAGCGUGUGGAGAAUGGAAUCAGAACCAGAGAGGACAGGGCAGCAGCACCCCCCGAGUCCAGUUCCACAGUCCAGGACCAGAUCUUCCAGCACCUUCCCCCUGGACUCCACCAAGCUCUGGUGGAAGCCUGCACAGAAAAAUACAGCCUGGUCCAGUCGCUUGGCAACCUGCUGCCUGUCAGGAUGGCGACGGCCAUGAUGCUUCCCUACACCCUCCCACUAGAGUCUGUCCUGUCUAUGACUGUCAGGCUUUUGGAAUGGCUGCCUGACGUACAAGAGGAUGUGGGCUGGAUCAGGGAACAGACCGUUAAAGUUCUUCAGAGUGCCAUGACCCGAGCAACCAACACUAUCUCUGGAAGGUUUUCCUACCAGUUGGAGCUGCGCCACUGCCAGUCGCUGCCCAGCCAGUUACACCCAGCCUGCCUGCUCCCCAGCUGGGUCAGAGGGAGCAGCUCGUCAGUCCUGGAUGUCAUCAGUCGUCUGGACCACUACCAGAAACAGCUGCUCCCAGGCUUCUUCUGUGUCAACCUGGAUGUCCAGGGCUCCUUCUGCACCAGGUUGUCCGGGGAGAUCCCAGGCCCAGAAUGGUCCACUACAUCUGGGGAGGGAGGAACAGGAUCAGCCCUGGCCCCGACGACCCCAAUUAUGGAUCCAGAAGACGGGCUGAUGAUGAGGAGGGUCAGUGAAGACCACAACUCAACUCCAGUCUUACUGUAGUAAAACAAAAUGGUAGGAUGAUAUUAGAAUCACAGACACUGAUAAGUAGCAACCAAGACUGAGGAUCACAAUCUGAAUUACAGACACUGAUAAGAAGCAGCCAAGACUGAGGAUCACAAUCUGAAUUACAGACACUUAUAAAAAGCUACAAAAUGUCCAUCACUGUUGCCAUGGGACACCCAUUACAUUCCCAAGGACUUUGCACUUAUCAGCGCUUUCCAGUCUCUUGUCAUCAGUGCCCUGCAUUGACUUACACGUCAUUCCAGUCUCUUGUCAUCAGUGCCCUGCAUUGACUUACACGUCUUUUCAUGAUCCAAGUCAUUAAGAUGACUAAGAGAUGGAACUAGUUUCUGUUCAGUCAACAUGAUCUCAUAACUCAUUCUGGCCUUUCCUGAAUUAAUUGACGAAGCAGCAAGCCCCAGUCAGUUGAUGAUUCUGAUGUGCCAGACGGAAGGUUCUAGAUCAGCUAGUCUGGGACUGCAAAACAUUUGAAAUUUAGAUCUAGAUUUCAAAAAUAUGUUUAAAUUUAGGUGUAAUAUACAUAUAGUAGUAUAUUAGGAGUGGUAUAGGAGUAGUACAACAGGAGUAGUGUACUAGAAAUAGUUUACUAGGAGUAGAAGUAGUAUACUUGGUGUGAUAUAGGAGUAGUAUCCUUGGAGUGGUAUAGGAAUACUAUAAUUUGAGUGGUAUAGGAGUAGUAUUCUUGGAGUGGUAUAGAAGUUGUAUACUUGGAGUGAUAUAGAAGUAUACUCGGAGUGAUAUAGUAGUAUACUUGGAGUGGUAUGGAAGUAGUAUACUUGGAGUGGUAUAGGAGUACUAUAAUUGGAGUGGUAUAGGAAUACUAUAAUUGGAGUGGUAUAGGAAUACUAUAAUUGGAGUGGUAUAGGAGUAGUAUAUUUGGAGUGGUAUAGAAGUAGUAUACUUGGAGUGGUAUAGAAGUAGUAUACUUGGAGUGGUAUAGAAGUAGUAUACUUGGAGUGGUAUAGGAGUAGUAUACUUGGAGUGGUAUAGGAGUAGUAUACUUUGAGUGGGGAUGAUAUAUAAGGGAAACUAAAAGUACUUUCAUCUCUAAUCAUUCAGUGUAACAGGUGUGUAGGAACAGAACUCGUUCAACAGUGGGAUGUUAGAAUCCUCAAUUUGUUUUUCUUUUUACAGAAAACUGUAUAAUGCUGGUUAAAGAAAACUAAACUAUUAUCUAAUAAUAGUAUAUUUUAAAAAUAAAUGUGCCAAUACCAAUUUCAGAAGCAUGCAAAUGGAUGCAUGGUAAUGUAUUUGAUAUUACUAUCAUCUUUUUGUAAUUAUAAAACAAUCUAAACAAUUAACCAUGCACAUAAGGAGAAAACGUAGCACUCAGAACACAGCUAACACUGCUUUGCUGUGUUUGUGUUCUGAUAGAAUGUAGUUAGACCAGUUAGUCAGACUGUCUUCACUCACGACUUCAGGGCUGUAUUCAUCACGGCACACUGUGCAAACAUUUCUCAGACGGACAACAGAAACAAGCAUUUCUUAUUGGACUUUUCACUCUGUUUCUGAACAUUCUCUGAUAUUUAGUGCUGGGUAAACAGCCCAGCCACGUGUGCUUUCUGGAGAGACAGUGCCAGCAGCCCUGAGAAAAUGGAAGAGAAAAGGAAGGAAGGAAGGAAGGAAGGAGAAGGUGAAGAAAUGAAGGGGAACUAGAGCUCUCCUAUUUUUUGUUAUAACUGGCUGUGACUGGUUAUAAUUGGCUUUGACUGGUUAUAUCUGGAUUUGACUGGUUAUGACUGACUUUGACUGGUCAUUGUUGACUGACUGGUUAUGACUGACUGGUCAUUGCUGAUUGGAUUUUACUGAGUUUAACUGGAUGAGACUGAGUUUGACUUGAUUUUACUGAGUUUGACUGGAUUUUACUGAAUUUGACUGGAUUUGACUGGAUUUGACUGACUUUGACUGGAUUUGACUGACUUUGACUGGAUUUGACUGACUUUGACUGGAUUUGACUGAGUUUGACUGGAUUUUACUGAAUUUGACUGGAUUUGACUGACUUUGACUGGAUUUGACUGACUUUGACUGGAUUUGACUGAGUUUGACUGGAUACUGCUGACUUUUGACUGGAUUUGACUGGUUAUGGGUAGAUGAUGUAUUACUAUGCAAUGCAAAUGCCAAACAAUGCAAUAUUUUAAACCAAUGCCAUUUUUAUAUCAGUGGCAUUUAUAUUAUAUAAAAUAUAUUAUAAAGGUAUUGGAACGUCUCAACCAAACUAUUAAAUGGAGAGGCCCGUUCUAUCAUGUUGUACUGCUCUGUCUGAACCACUUGUACUGUUUCUUUGUUUAGGUCAAUUUAUUUAGUUUUUGUUUAUUAAUGUUAAUUUCUACAUGUGCCGCAAAGCCUAGAUUUUACUGUAUUUUAAUGUCUGGACACUUGAUUUUGACCAUAAAUUACAUAUGAGUAUGUACAUGAUCAUUCUAACACAGUAAUCAGUAUAUUCAUUCCAGAUAAAGAGAAUCAAGCAUCUAAAAUGCUUCUGAAACAUUUCCCUGUGAUGAAGGCGCCCAGCGGCCUAAUGAAGUAAUUACAUGAGGAAUCAGAACAAAUGGUUGGAACUGAAAUGUGUUUGUUAUUAGCCGUGUAAGAACAGAAAUGUGUCCCAAAUUGCACUGUAGGCUAUUCCCUGUAUGCUUUUGACUAGAGCUCUAAUGGGGACCAGGCUCAUCGGUAGUGUGCUGUAAAGGGAAUAGCAUGCCAUUUGGGAGUAGCGUGAUGUGUUUUGAUGUCCAUAUGGGAUGGGUUGGUCAAUACUACAACAUCUACCUUACAUGGAGACUAUGACACCUACAGGAAAAAUGCACCCAACCGCUGUGAAUUCCUCAAUUCACCUGAUGAAAGGCAUAAUGCAAGUGCCUCAAUAUUGUGAAAGAUUUUGAAAACAUGAUUGCUGAUGCAAACUAAUGACAAAAGGGAUGUUUUGUUUAAUCAAAUCUAGACUGCAAUUUAGUGUUAAUGACCUGGGUUUAACUCCUGUUGUUAAUGACCUGGGUUUAACUCCUGUUGUUAAUGACCUGGGUUUAACUCCUAUAGUCUAUAAAUCCUUAGAGAUGUUCUAAUGUUAAUAUGGCUAAAUGCUGGAAUAAAGGCUCAGAAUUCUUUCAAUAAAAUGCUAACUCUCAACUUUAA